AUGGACGACAAUCCAGACAAGCUUUUUCCUACUCCCAGUGAUCAGCCCUUGGACAGCGAUAUUGAAUACAGACUGUACCACCAGGAGGACCUGCCUUGCUUGACUGCCUGCUCUGCUUUGAUCCAUGAGUUGGUGGUGAAGACCAUAAUAGUGGCUGAGCCCCACGUGCUGCACGCCUAUCGCAUGUGUCGCCCCGGACAACCACCAGGGAGCGACAGUGUCUGCUUUGAGGUGCUGGGCUUCGACAUCAUCCUGGACCGCAAACUCAAACCCUGGCUACUGGAGAUCAAUCGAGCUCCGAGCUUUGGGACCGAUCAGAAGAUUGAUCACGAUGUGAAGAAAGGGGUACUGCUCGAUGCUCUGAAACUCCUCAACAUUCGAGCCAGUGAUAAGAAACGUAAUCUGGCCCAGCAGAAAGCAGAGGCUCAGCGCCGGCUCUAUGGACACGGCUCUGUGAAGAAACUCUCAGCUGCUUCCUCAGACUGGGAGAAACAACGGCACACACUGGAGCGCAGGAGAGAGGAGCUGCACAUCAAUAGUACCUCAGUAUGA